GCUGUAUCAGGCUGUCAGUCACAGAGGAAGGCUGUGCUUCUCUGGUCUCAGCUCUGAGGUCAAACCCCUCACACCUGAGAGAGCUGGACCUGAGUAACAAUAAUCUGAAGGAUUCCAGGAGUGAAGCUGCUCUCUGCUGGACUGGGAAUCCCCACUGUAAACUGGAGACUCUUGAGUUGACUCUUUGCAGGCUGUCAGGCUGUCUAGUCACAGAGGAAGGCUGUGCUUCUCUGGUCUCAGCUCUGAGGUCAAACCCCUCACACCUGAGAGAGUUGGACCUGAGCUACAAUCACCCAGGAGACUCAGGAGUCAGACUGCUCUCUGCUGGACUGGAGGAUCCACACUGCAGACUGGAGAAACUCAAUGUGGAACAUGGUGGAGAGAACAGAAUGAAACCAGGACUUAGAAAAUAUGUCUGUGAUCUCACACUGGACCCAAACACAGUAAACAGACACCUCUCUCUGUCUGAGGAGAACAGAAAGGUGACAUGGAGGACAGAGGAGCAGCCGUAUCCUGAUCACCCAGAGAGAUUUGAGGACUGUAGACAGGUGCUGUGUAGAGAGGGUCUGACUGGGCGCUGUUACUGGGAGGUAGAGUGGAGUGGAAGAGGGGCUGAUGUAGGAGUGACAUAUAAAGGAAUCAGCAGGAGAGGAUGGGGUGAUGACUGUUGUCUUGGAUACAAUGACAAGUCCUGGAGUCUGUUCUGCUAUGACAACAGUUACUCUGCCUGUCACAAUAAUAAUCAGACUACCAUAGACGUCCCCUCCUCCAGCUCCCACAGAGUAGGAGUGUAUCUGGACUGGCCAGCCGGCACUCUGUCCUUCUAUAGAGCCUCCUCUGACACACUGACCCACCUGUUCACAUUCACCUCCACAUUCACUGAGCCCCUCUAUCCAGGGAUUGGGGUUUGGUGGGAAGGCGACUCAGUGUCCCUGAAAUAAUAACCUGACACACACACACAGGACACACACACACACACACACACACAGGACACACACACACAGGACACACACACACAGGACACACACACACACUGGACACACACACACACUGGACACACACACACAC